ACCCUUUGUUGAUGAGAGAGAGGCGCUCGGAGUCUCAUCGGAACAAGCUCCUGCGCCGCACUGUCAGCGUGCCUGUGGAGGGGAGACACCACCCCGAGAUCGAGUACGCUCGUUCGCGGAGAAAGAGUAUAGCCACAGGGAAGCAGCCAAGCAUGGAGACCCCUCCCACAGCCCCUCCCCAGCCCUUCAGACAGUCCAGCUUCCUCAGUAGGCGCCUGAAAGGCUCGAUCAAGAGAGCGAAGAGUCAGCCCAAACUGGACCGAACCAGCAGCUUCCGACACAUGAUCCUGCCCCGGUUCCGCAGCGCCGACCAGGACAGGUGAGGAGUAACAGCUGAGUAACUGUUGAGU